AGUGGUUCUAUUUUCCAGUCUUUUCAUUCUCCGGUGUCUCUAGGACACCCUGUGCAUGCCUCUGUCGUUACAUUUAUCACUCUAGGGGACCAUUUUGAUUAAUUUUUUCUUUCCCGUACAGGACUAUUAAUUCCUUGAAAGGGGCUAUUUCAUCACUGUAUAUCUAGUGGUUAGUGCAACACUGAAUUCUCUGUUGACUAGAGGAGUCCUCUUCUCAGAGUAAUAUAAUUUGAAGAUGAGGCAUUAGAACAAAGGAGUAGAACCUCCACACCACAGUCUUUGGGAAUUACCUAAAGACUGAUUCAGGGUUGAGCUGUGAAAGUUUAAGGAAAAAAGCAGUUUCUCAGGAGUGAAAAGUAGUUUGACAUUGAUGAACAGUUUGAAGAUUUGUGAUGAGAGGAGAAACGUAUAGGAGUUGCCAGAACAAAGGGGAUUUGGUGAUGGAGGCUUUGUUGGAAGGAAUACAAAAUCGUGGACAUGAAGGGGGAUUUUUGACAUCCUGUGAAGCAGAACUACAGGAGCUCAUGAAACAGAUUGACAUAAUGGUAGCUCAUAAAAAAUCUGAGUGGGAAGGACAGACACAUGCUCUAGAAACUUGCCUGGAUGUCCGUGAACGGGAACUCAAGGCUCUCAGGAGUCAGUUGGAUAUGAAACACAAAGAGGUUGGAAUGUUGCGUCAGCAGGUAGAAGAACAUGAAAAAGUCAAGCAAGAGAUGGCCAUGGAGUAUAAGCAGGAGUUAAAGAAACUACAUGAAGAAUUAGGCAGACUGAAGAGAAGCUAUGAAAAGCUACAGAAAAAGCAUGUAAGAGAUUUCAGAGGAAAUACCAAAAAUCACAGGGAAGAUCGGUCUGAAAUUGAGAGGUUAACUGGAAAAAUAGAGGAAUUUCGUCAGAAAUCACUGGACUGGGAGAAGCAGCGCCUGAUUUAUCAGCAACAAGUAUCUUCUCUGGAGGCACAAAGGAAGACUCUGGCUGAACAAUCAGAGAUAAUUCAGGCUCAGCUUGCCAAUCGGAAACAAAAAUUAGAGUCUGUAGAGUUGUCUAGCCAGUCAGAAAUCCAGCACCUGAGCAGUAAGCUGGAGCGGGCCAACGACACUAUCUGUGCCAAUGAGUUGGAAAUAGAGCGCCUCACCAUGAGGGUCAAUGACUUGGUUGGAACCAAUAUGACUAUUAUGCAAGAGCAGCGGCAAAGAGAAGAAAAAUUGAGGGAAUCUGAAAAACUGCUAGAGGUUCUACAAGAAGAAAAGAGAGAAUUGAAGACUGCUCUUCAGACUCAAGAAAAUUUCAUCCGUGAAGCAAGAAUACAAAAAGAGAAGCUCCAAGCAAAAUUAAAGGCAGCUGACACUCAACACACAUUAGAGACCAUGAGGUCACUGGAGGAGGCUCAGGCAGAAAGGGAGUAUCCCUCUCAAGGGCAGGGGGACUUGGAGAAGGUGCUCUCCCGGCUGGAUUUUACCCACACUAGUGAAGAACUUCUGCAAGCGGAGGUGACUCAUCUGGAAGGCAGCUUGGAAUCUGUGAGUGCAACAUGUAAACAGCUGAGCCAAGAGCUAAUGGAAAAAUAUGAAGAGCUGAAGAAGAUGGAAGUGCAUAACAAUGAGUACAGGGCCGAGAUUAAGAAGUUGAAAGAACAGAUUUUACAGGCCGAACAGAGUUAUAGUUCUGUCCUAGAAGGAAUGAAGAUGGAGAUUUCCCAACUAACUCGAGAGUUACAUCAGCGAGAUAUCACUAUUGCUUCCACCAAAAGUUCUUCAUCUGACAUGGAAAGGCGACUUAAAGUAGAGAUACAAAAGGCAGAAGAAAAAGCAGUAGAGCAUAAGGAGAUUUUGAAUCAGCUGGAGUCACUCAAAUUAGAAAAUCGUCAUCUUUCUGAAAUGGUGAUGAAAUUGGAAUUGGGUUUACAUGAGUGUCCCUUGCCUCUGUCUCCUCUUGGUUCAAUUGCUACAAGAUUUUUGGAAGAGGAGGAACUGAGGUCUCAUCAUAUUCUCGAGCGCCUGGAUGCCCAUAUUGAAGAACUAAAACGAGAGAGUGAAAAGACAGUGAAACAAUUCACAGCCCUAAAGUAGCCUCCUAAAAAAUCACAAACAUGGAAUAAAAAUAAACACUGAGGAGUUACUGUCAUCAUGAAGUAGCGGCUCUUUGAAAGCAUGAACAUAUAAAAACCGUGAAGAUGAGACUGCUGUGAGGAAUCUGAGAAACUGAUACUUAGCUCUGAGGUGUUUUCACUGCACUUGUUUGUUUGAAGGACAUUUUCCAGCAGUAACUUGUAAAUAAACCACUUUGCUAGA